UAUCCCUCAGUCAAUCCCCCCUCUUCUCUCUCUCUCAAUACACAAACCCCAAACACAAGAAAAAGGAAAAAAAAAAAAAAAAAAUACUAGCAGAGAAUAACAGAGAGACAGCAAUGUUCUCUGUUCUCCUCUGUUCCUACCCCUUCUCCUCCUCCUCAUUCCAAUCUUAAUCCCCACAACACUUAAAAAUCCUCCUCCUCCACCACCACCAUGGAUUGAUCCAGUUUUACCAACCCGCUAGCUCCGCGAGCCCUCUUCUGCGUUGCUGAAUCGAGAAAGGUGUACAGGAAAACUCUAUCUUCAAUUCUCGUUUCCACCCUCCCCUGUUUUCCUGUACGCCGCCCGCCGCCUUUUCCGCCUCCUCUCGCCGAAUCCGCGAAUUGGGUUUUUCUUCUUCCCCGGCCAUGAAUUCCAAAACCCAGGUUUUAUUCCUGCUCCUCUCCCUCUCCGCGCUGCUCUAUUCUGCCGCCGGGGGCGGCGGCGGCGGCGGUGACGACGGAGACGACGACUACGCCCCGGCAGAUGCGAUACUCCUGAACUGCGGCUCGUCGGCGAACGGCACCGACGCCGACGGCCGUCACUGGGCGGCGGAUGGCGACCUCGCGGGCGGCGCCGCCGCCUCGGCCGAGUCGCAGGACCCGUCCCUCCCCUCGCCCGUCCCCUACAUGUCGGCCAGGGUGUUCACCUCCCCGUCGACCUACAACUUCUCGGUGAGCAAGAAGGGGCGCCACUGGGUCCGGCUCCACUUCUACCCGUCGGCCUACAACGGCCUGCCCCCGGAGUCGUCCUUCUUCUCCGUCACGUCCCCCUCCGGCGGCGUGACCCUCCUCUCCAACUUCAGCGCCUUCAUCACCGCCAAGGCCCUGAGCCAGGCCUACCUCAUCCGAGAGUUCUCCUUCCCCCCCUCGCCCGGCGGCGUCAUCUCCCUCACCUUCACCCCCUCCGCCGACCACAACGCCUCCUACGCCUUCGUGAACGGCAUCGAGAUCAUCUCCACGCCCGACCUCUACGCCGACCCCGUCGCCCUCGUCGGCUUCUCGGACCAGAGCGUGCAGCUCGACGCCGACACGCUCCAGACCAUGUACCGCCUCAACGUCGGGGGCCAGUACAUCGCCGCGAGCAACGACUCGGGCGGCCUGAGCCGCGCCUGGUACGACGACUCGCCCUACAUAUACGGGGCCGGGUUCGGGGUCACGGUGGAGGCGAGCGACAAGACGCGGAUCGAGUUCGCCACGGCGCGGUCGAUGGGCCCCGACCCGGCGGUGAACCGGAACUUCAACCUGACGUGGGCGUUCCAGGUCGACCCCAACUUCACCUACGUGGUGCGGCUCCACUUGUGCGAGCUGCAGCUGACCAAGGUCAACCAGCGCGUCUUCGACAUCUUCGUGGCCAACGCCACCGCCCAGUCCGGCGCCGACGUCAUCGCCUGGGCCUCGUCCAAGGCCGUGCCGGUAUACAAGGACUACGCGGCCUUCCUCCCCGACCGCCCCGGCGACGACCAGCUCUGGGUCGCGCUCCACCCCUCCGAGUCGGCCAAGCCCGAGUACUACGACGCCAUCCUGAACGGCCUCGAGGUGUUCAAGGUCAACGACUCGGCGGGCAACCUCGCGGGGCCCAACCCGGAGCCCUCGAAGAUGCUCGCCGCGGCCGAGCUGGACGGCGCGUCGGCCGGCUCCUUCCGCUCCAAGCCCGGCGAGAAGUCCCACGUCAUCACCGGGGCCGCGGGCGGCGCCGCCGCCGUCGGCCUGGUGUUCGCGAUCUGCGUGGCCGUGUACCAGCGCAAGAAGCGCGUGGUCGGCGCCGACUCCACGAACAACAACGGGUCCGGCUGGCUCCCGCUCUACGGCGGCAACUCGCACACGACGUCGGGCAGCAAGUCGUCCAUCUCCAGCAAGAGCUGCGCCAGCAGCCACCUGGCGAACCUCGCCGCCAUCUGCCGCCACUUCUCCUUCGCCGAGAUCAAGCAGGCCACCAGGAGCUUCGACGAGUCGCUGGUCAUCGGCGUCGGCGGCUUCGGGAAGGUGUACAGAGGCGUCAUCGACGGCGGGGUCAAGGUCGCCAUCAAGCGCUCCAACCCCUCGUCCGAGCAGGGCGUGAACGAGUUCCAGACCGAGAUAGAGAUGCUCUCCAAGCUCCGGCACAAGCACCUCGUCUCCCUCAUCGGAUUCUGCGACGAGAACGGCGAGAUGAUCUUGGUCUACGACUACAUGGCCCACGGAACUCUACGAGAGCACCUGUACAAGACGAACAAGCCGCCGCUGCAGUGGAGGCAGCGGUUGGAGAUCUGCAUCGGCGCGGCGAGGGGCUUGCACUACCUGCACACCGGGGCCAAGUACACGAUCAUACACAGAGACGUGAAGACCACUAACAUUCUGCUGGAUGAGAACUGGGUCGCCAAAGUUUCCGAUUUCGGGCUCUCGAAAACCGGCCCGACGAUGAACAACCAGACGCACGUCAGCACGAUGGUCAAGGGCAGCUUCGGUUACCUGGAUCCGGAGUACUUCAGACGGCAGCAGCUGACGGAUAAGUCCGACGUGUACUCUUUUGGGGUGGUUCUGUUCGAAGUUCUAUGCGCCAGGCCGGUGCUGAACCCGAGCCUGCCCCGCGAGCAGGUCAGCUUGGCGGACUGGGCGCUGAACUGCCAGCGGAAGGGAAUCCUCGCCGACAUUAUCGACCCUCUGGUGAAGGAGAAGAUCAGCCCCGAGUGUCUGAAGAAGUUCGCCGAGACUGCAGAGAAGUGCUUAUUGGACCACGGUGUCGAUCGGCCUUCGAUGGGCGACGUGCUCUGGAACCUGGAGUUUGCUUUGCAGCUGCAGGAGAAUUUCGAAGGCGGGAAAAAUUCGGGCGAAGCUGCAGAGGUCGACAACAGCGCGAGCGACGGGCAUUCGACGGGUAAUAAUUCCACUGCAGAAAGUGGGAGGAGCGAGGAUUCUGCUGAUGGGCUGAGCACCAGUGUGGUGUUCUCUCAGCUCAUAAAUCCAACCGGGAGGUGAGGAGGUUUUGUUCUCUCAGAAUUAUAUAUGGAAAAUGGCCACUCAGAGGUUGGUGAGUGAAAGAAAGAAGGGAUUAAUUACUAAAUAUGGGGUUUUCCUGGUGGUGUUUGUGGGAGAAUGUUACGAAUUGGUUUGGGCUUGUUAUUUGUAUUUUUUUUUUGUUCAAAAUUUGUUUUUGUUUGUUGUAAACAGGCAGGCUCUUGGAAUUGAUAGUGAUAUGUAAUUGACGAAUUGGAAGAUCACAUUCUAACUGUUAUUCAAAUCAGUCUGUCUGAUAUAAAUAUUUAUCUA